CAGAUGUUUUUGCAUGAAAGAGGAAGAAUUUAAUCAAAAGAAUUUAAGGAUUUAACACCUUGUGUAACAGUUGGAAUUUCAAGGUGAUGGGUUCAUUAAGUAGUCUCACGAGAACUGCUUUGUGGAAUUUGGUGCUUGUCACUAAAUCUGCAGGGCAUGUUUUCGACGGGACUGAAGCCCCAAAGGUCACGCAGGACAGUCGGAGCUCUGUAAUAUCACUGAAAAAGGCAUCAGAGGAUAUCUUCCAGACCUAAUGUCAGUUUCAAGAGUAAAAAGGUCAGGUUGUUUUUAUCGGCCUCAUUCUGAACAUGUGGGUGUGUACUGGGAUAUUUUUGGUAGUGGUGAGAGUGUGGUGAGUGGCGGUACUUGGUGGUAAACAACAUCUUUUUGACUGGUGAUGUCUGUGCAUAGAGCUUCUUUACAGCAGUAAAAAACUUCAAAGCUGGCAAUAUUUAAUUUGUUUUAAUCUGUCAUGUUCCCUCGCGCUAUGUUCAAAGGCAUUAAUGUAGCCUAUAAAGCUGCAUUGUGAGGGUUGCGCGGUUUUUAUUAGUGCCGUAACCGUUUACGAGCCGCGUGUCUUAACUGUCGUGUGGAAAGUGUUUUGUUUAGGUUGGCGGCUGCCGUUGAGGUGCUGUAAAGUCUCUUUGUCUGAGCGGUAUGAAUAGAGGCAGAGGCAGCCGCAAGAGGAGGAGCGGUGUAAUCUGACACGGCUGGGCCCAUGAACAGGUCCUACUCCUCCUCUCUCCUCAGGGAGAGAGAGAGAGAGAGAGAGAGAGAGAGAGAGAGAGAGAGAGAGAGAGAGAGAGAGAGAGAGAGACGGAGUGGCAGAGCGAGCAUGCUGACACCACGCUGACAUUUGACUCCCCAACCCACAGGCAACAGCGGUGGCAGUGCAGACGGGACUCUGCCUCGUCCAUUCCUCCUUCCUUCUGCGGUCGCUUUGAGAGUUUGCUUCUCCGUGCAACAGCGUGUUGCUUCUCUCCGGUUUCACCUCGGGAGAGCUGGCGGGGUACUCUUAAGUCCAGGGAGUGGUCUUUCUCACACGGUCCUGGAAUGUGCUUUUAAGAGUCAACUCAGCUCACCCCGUUUUUUCCCUUUUUUAUCCCCUCUCUACGGAUGUCUCAGGUCUCCUGCCAGGCAUUGGAAGCUGGAUCUGCUUGUGUAACAUUCCUGGAUUACAGCUAUUGUUUUUUUUACCUCUUGCUUGAUCAACUUUCUUGGUGCUUAUCCUGGAUUGUAUUUUAAAGCAGGUUCCACUUUAAGGAAUCGACUGGAUAAUUGCUCGAAUUACUACUAGUGUGAGGUGUUCAAACAUCAUCUCUUUCCUCCAUCGGGAUGGUCGAAUGGUAGAAUACUUUACGCUGGCCUUGGGUGACCUGUUGGAGCAGAGUUUCGCUUGCACGGGUUUGAAUGAAGAGUUUAAGAAAAGUUUGAGGAGGGGCCCUUUCUAAUGGGCUUUCUUGUUUUCUUUUUAUGAAAAGACCAUGAUGAAGAAUCGAUCUGAUCCCCAUGUCGGCCACUGUUAGGCUGCAGCCUGUGUACUCAUGGAAGGGGGUGCUCAAGCUCUUUUCUUGCAUAGCCGCCCAUACUUCCAGUAAACCUAAAGAGGUCCUCACAUUUCAAGGAAAGAAGAGAGACGUACUUGGGAAUCAUAUGGACGAAGAAAUGAGUCGCCAGACUGCCACAGCGCUGCCCACAGGAACCUCAAAAUGUCCCCCUUCUCAGCGCGUCCCUACCUUGUCGGGCACCACAGCAUCCAACAGUGACCUCGCCAGCCUGUUCGAGUGCCCCGUUUGUUUCGACUAUGUGCUGCCCCCCAUCCUGCAGUGCCAGAGCGGCCACUUGGUUUGUAGCAACUGCCGGCCCAAGCUCACCUGCUGCCCCACCUGCAGAGGCCCGCUCGGGUCGAUCCGCAAUUUGGCCAUGGAAAAAGUGGCCAACUCCGUGCUGUUCCCGUGCAAGUACGCCUCGUCGGGCUGCGAAGUCACCCUGCCGCACACAGACAAGGCCGAGCACGAGGAGCUUUGCGAAUUCCGGCCGUAUUCUUGCCCCUGUCCUGGCGCUUCAUGCAAGUGGCAGGGUUCGCUCGACGCCGUCAUGCCCCACUUGCUGCACCAGCACAAGUCUAUAACCACGCUACAGGGUGAGGAUAUUGUCUUUCUGGCCACAGAUAUCAACCUGCCUGGGGCAGUGGACUGGGUCAUGAUGCAGUCGUGCUUCGGCUUCCACUUCAUGCUAGUGCUGGAGAAGCAGGAGAAAUACGACGGCCACCAGCAGUUCUUUGCCAUCGUGCAGCUGAUCGGCACAAGGAAACAGGCGGAAAACUUUGCCUACCGGCUAGAGCUAAACGGCCACCGGCGGCGGCUCACUUGGGAGGCCACGCCACGUUCCAUCCACGAGGGCAUCGCCACCGCCAUCAUGAACAGUGACUGCCUGGUGUUUGACACCUCCAUCGCUCAGCUGUUUGCAGAAAACGGCAACCUGGGCAUUAACGUCACCAUAUCCAUGUGCUGAGGACUAAUAGCUGUGCAUACUUGAAUGCAUUACACAUACACACAGUCAUACGUACAAAUACAAACGUCAUUUCAAAACACGGCAGGAUACCUUGAGUUGUGCUUGUGGGGAGUAGCUAAGCUAGGAUUUUUUUUGCCGUUGUACGUUCCAAGUAAUCAUCAGAUAAAGUCAUCGGUUGGAGCUUCGCACGUCCAACCAGAAUUUGCUCCUGGGUUCUCAAUUUUAUGCUACAAUUAUACAUAUAUUUAAAUAAUAUUAAUGUAUUCUACAUUUUUGAGAGCAACUUUCUUUGCCCUUGAAGGUAUAGGAAAGCCACGUUUGUUGAAUGGACAUUUGCAAAUGUGGCAUUUGGGGCAGGGGUUGGGGAAACUGCACGCCAAGGUCGAUGGCGGUUGGGGAUAUUGAUCAAUUCUGGGGUGGGUUUGCUCAAAAGGUGCAGCCCUGUGAGCAACUUUUUGUUUCCGUUUUGUUUGCUUCCCAAGACAUUUUGCAUUUCAGUUCAGAUAAAACACUAACUUUUAUGUUCAAAUAUUAGGUUUUGUUUUACUCUAGUCUUUUUUUUUAACUGCAAAUUUUCCCUCGGGUAUGAUAUGGAAAGGUUUUGGUGCAUGACCACUGGAUAAAUUAAAAUAAGUCCAGAUUUCAUUUUAGAAGUCUUGUUUGUUUCUGCCUGUCACUGCAGUAUUUCUUCUGUUUGUUUUGAAGGGAUGGUUUUGCCGAGAACUUGGCACGUGCACAUCGAGCCAGAUUACAAAUACGGUUUGUGUCGUAUUUGUAAGACCGUUAAAAAUAGCUUUUUUUCUCAUGACAUGGAAUCCCUCCAUUACAAACACUGAAAUAAACACUGCAUUGAAUAUCAGGCUAGGAGCAAGGGCAAAUAUUACAGUUAUGAGAUUGUCAUAAUUAUCAUUUUGUAAUGACAUAAGAAAAUGGAAUGAAAAAGGCUGUUGUAACAUUGUGGCUAAUCUUCAGUGUUUGUAGAUAGUGUUGUUCUUCAGAAGACCUCAGUGUCUUUUUCUCUUUUUGUAAGUCAAUAUUUUUGUUGUUGUUGUUCUUUGUAUGUCUCUAUUUCUGUUUUUUUUUUCAAGAAUAGGGUGAAGCAAAGCCAAACAUCUCUGUGGAUACAUUGUACUGUUGCUAGUCCUGAACUCUAAUUUUAUUAUGUUUUAUUGUUUGUUUUGUUCUAUUUUGCCAGUAAAUAAAUCUAUCUUU